AUGUUGGUGUGCCAAUACGUGGACCCUAUAGAAAAACCAGUUAACUGGCCUGAAACAAGCUUUUUAAAUGAAAUUGUUGAUAUAGUUUACACUAAAUUAGAUCGUAAAGAUGUUUAUCUUCCACUCAACAUAACGGGGAUGACCACUCGCUAUGAGGAGAUCAAAUCCUGGUUAGAUCAGUACAAUCUUGAAUUUUUAGCAAUUUACGGCAUGGGUGGAAGUGGCAAGACAACACUAGCCAAAUAUAUAUACGACUCAAAUCAAAAUACUUUUGAAUACGUGAGUUUUGUUGAAGACAUUGGUAGCAGAUGUAAAGGACCACAUGAUUUACUUAAACUACAAGAACAACUGCUCAAAGAUAUUUUAGGGGGGAAAAAGAGAAAAAUACCUAGUGUUUCUCGAGGUACAUGCAUGAUUGAGGAAGUCUUGCAAACAAAGAGAACUCUCAUUGUUCUUGAUGACAUUGUUGAUCAUAAGCAAUUAGUUGCUCUUCUGGGAACAGGGAAGAUUAAUGCACAAAGCAAAAUUAUAAUUACAACCAGGGAAAAUACAGAUACCUGGUUUGACCAUUCAUAUUGGAGGUGUCAGAAGUAUGAAAUGAGAUUAUUGAAUGAUGAUGAAUCACAAGAGCUAUUAAGUCGUCAUGCAUUUGGGUCCAAAAUUCCCAUGGCGGGCUUUAAGGAGCUUGUACUACAAGCAGUACAAUAUUGUGAAGGAAAUCCUCUAGCUCUUGAAGUUUUAGGCUCAUCUCUAUUCAAGAACAAUACCAUCUCACAUUGGAAAAGUCAAUUGAAUUUAUUGGAAAAAGAUAUAGAUUCUCGACUUCAUGGUGUACUUGUUAGGAGCUACAUGCAAAGACAUGGAUUAUGUGGUAAAGAUAUUGGAGCCUGA